AUUGCCUACAGGGAAGGUUCGUAUUUCCCCAAAAAAAUUAUAAAAUUAUAAACACACCCUCUCCAAUCCACUUUCUUAAACUACAAGUACGAACCCGUCUGUCACGCUUUCUCUGCUCUACUACUCUAUUCCGCUUCUUGGUCACUUUUCCUUUUUCUCUCUGAUUCAUCGUCUUCAUUGUCAGAUAAGGAAGAUAUAGCUGCGAUUUUGCCUAAGAAAAAAAUAAAGGGAAAAGAAUAUGGGUAUGGAUGGAUUGGAACGAAAAGCAAGGAUGAGAGUGAUGGCUAUGCGUGUGCGUUUCUCUUUUUCAGUACCACCAGAUUUGUAUUACAAUAUGGAUGAUGAUGAUGGUCAUUACUAUGAUUUUGAUCCUGACGUUGUUGAUGAUGACGACGAUAUGUUACUUGACCAUGAUUAUCCUCCUGAUCAUGAUCAUCAUGAUCUUCCUGAUUAUGAUCAUGACGAGGAUCCAUCUGAAUGUGAAAGUGAUGAUGAUGAUCAAUCUGUUCCUGAUCAUGAUAUCGAUGAUGAUGAGGAGGACCCGUCUGAAUGUGAAAGUGAUGAUCAAUCCGAUGUUGUUGGUGAUGAUCAUGAACAUGUUGAUGAUGCUGAAUCUCCACCGACUCACUCUAUUCCAUCAACUGGAUCACGCCCAGAACCCCAAACCCUAAGCUCACCCGAUUAUUAUACCCCAUCUUCACCCGAAUAUACCCCAUCAUCGCCCGAAUACACCCCAUCUUCUCCUGUUUAUACCCCAUCGACGCCGGAAUACACCCCAUCUUCACCCGUUUAUACCCCAUCAACACCGGAAUAUACCCCAUCGACUCCGGAAUAUACCCCGUCCUCACCAGGCUACACUCCAUCCUCUCCGGGCUACAGCCCAUCCUCUCCCGGCUAUACCCCAUCUUGGUCCUUUUGUGCCCCAUCCUCAAUAGAUUGUUGUAUUCCAUCUUCAUGUAUUUACACUCCAUCCUAGCUCAUUGCGAGAGAUAGCAUUCAAACUUUGAAGUCAUUAAUGAUGAGUAAUUAUCUUGUAAAUGCAAAUACUUUUGUUUCUUUUUAUUUCUUUUUAUUUUUU